AUGGCCUCAGCACUUCCCUCUCCGCCUUCUGCGCCUCCAUCAGCAUCCCCUGCCGUGAACAUCCUCCCUACAACUUUAGCCCGAACAUACGCCCUUGUCCACCCAUGUCUUCUCCUCAGUCUUCUAGCGCUUCGAUUUCGGUCACUCGAGGCUGAUUCAGUCGGCGAGCUCCUGGGUGAUCUCCCGCUACUUGCACUGCUUCAGGUGGUCUUUGUCAUGAUCUGUCUUCCUCCCGCGGGGUCCGCCCUGUCACCCAGGCAGUCAGCGUCAGGGGAGAGUAACGAUGUCGACGAGAAAAAGCCCCCUUCCUCCCCUUCCAGCACCGUAGGCAACGGUGGCGUCAUUAUUAAACCCGGGAAAAUCGGAUAUAGGCGUCGAGGCCCGAAGACUGAUUCCUCGACCUGUUUUUCCGCCAAAGUGAUUCCGGCCGUAUUAUCACUCAUCUUGACCUUCCUUCUGGCCGCUCCCGUCCUCGCCGCUUUGCUGGUUCUCUUCGGCGCCCCGAUCACAACCCACCACUGGGAGACUCUUCUGUGCGCAGCACAUAUGGCUGUUCUUUCCUCCACUGCCUUGAUCUACGCACAUGGCGUCGAUGGAACGACCUGGAAAGAGGUGUGGGGUGCGGCGAGACCGUUGGAUGCCGUCUGGGGUGGUGCAUUGGGAACGGGAGUGGGCGCUUGGUUUGGUGCGGUGCCUAUUCCUUUGGAUUGGGACCGUCCGUGGCAGACUUAUCCCAUUACGAUUCUGGUAGGCGCGUAUAUCGGAUAUGCAGUUGGACUGGGACUGGGGCGGUCGUGGUUGUUUGGGAAGAGGAUUAAUUUUGAUGAGAAACCCCCACUUACCCCCGCCGAACGCGCCAUCGUCAAAUCCUACGGCGGUUGGACAAUGUUCAUGACGUGUUUUGGCUUGAAGCCCUUUGAUUUUGAUGAUGUCGACGAGGCGAAACUUAUCUUGAGGGCGCUGUUGAGCAACGAAGAUGAUGAUGAUGAUGAGUAG